CUUUGGGAUAUCGUCGGUAUUUGGUGGAAAAAGAACCUCUGGUGUUUCUAUCCAAUCCAUGCCUGAAAGCUUUUUUGAUAUCCAUCAUGGACAAGGCUAAUGUUUUUGCCAAGGAUUUCACUAUACAAGAUGAUGGAAUUAGCAAUGCAAUUUCUGUCUUUGAUAGAGCUACCAGUGCAGUACAAGUGUUUGAACCAGAACAGAGACGAUGGACUCGAAUGCAGAACAUUCCUGAUGAAAUAGUGAACAAGCAAUUUACUGCAGUCCAGCUUGGUGGUCACAUAUAUAUUUUAAUGACCGAUAAAACUGGACAUCGAUUGAACUAUUCUGAUCGUGCUGCAACCUGGACACGCGUAGCAGACAGAACGCAUACGAGUAAGGUGCAAGCCGUUGUUGUAGAUGGAUCGAUUUUUGCUUUUGAUAGCACUGGAAAUGUCAGUAAGGCUGUUGAAAGAUUAGAUCUUUCGGAUGGUUCGUGGACCCAUGUUACAGAUAGGGAACAACCUUGUCAUGAAAUUUUUGUUGUGUCAGCCCAAGGUUUGAUAUACUGUGGCGGAGGUUUCAAUGGAAAUGUGCUGUCACAUUUCUUUAGCUAUGAUCCAAUAUCCUCGAAUUGGGCAACUCUCACUUCAAUGCCAACUGCAAGAAGAGGUGCUGCGGCUGCAGAAAUCAAUGGCAGGAUCUAUGCCAUGGGUGGCAAUGGACUGCGAAGUGUUGAAUGCUUCGAUAUCGAAGGACAAUCAUGGACGACAAUUAGCAAUAUGAAUCAUCCAAGAUAUUUCUUUUCAGCAUGUGUGCUCGGGGAAAAAAUAUUCGUAGUUGGAGGGCAGCAAUCCAAUGAGACCAUCGAAGUGCUAGAUCCAUAUGAGAAUGCAUGGAACAUUGCAGAAACGAUGACCGGGAAGAAUAUUCACGCAGAAGCAGGAGUUGCAGUUAACAUGUUCACUUAGCUAACAUGAUGUCGGGUCAUUAAGUUAAGCGGAUGAUUUCCAAUUUCUAUGAUUAAGUUAAUUUUAUUUUAUAAUCUUUUGGCAUUGUAUUCAGAUACUCAAUGAAUUUGCCAGCACUGGCUCAAUAAUGAAAUGACAUUGUUUAACUACAUGUUUGGCUAUAAUUGACGACUUUUGUAAAUAGUUGCUAUCAAUCUGGUUUGAUUUUGAGUUUGAAAUCAUUAAUAAAUGAUCUGUGAUCUCACUCAG